AUGGAUGUCCUGAAUAUCCAAGGAUCCUUCAAAAGUUUCUUCCACAUCGUCGCUGUCCUUCUGUCCCUCUCUCUAAUUUUUGUUCUAACACGUUUGCGUCACAUGUCAGCUUAUCCGUCCCUGCCUGGUCCCAGUUUUCUUGCUCUUCCUUCAAAUGCUCUCAUUCGUACUCUCCUUUGCAAUUCUUGUACUUUCACAGAUAUCAUGGACCAGCUCUCCUCUUCUUACGGCAGUUUUUUUGGCGUAUGGAUCGGAUUUUCUCGAGUUGUCGUGACGUCUGUCCCAUCUGACAUCGUCCAAAUCAGCUUCAAUGCGAAGAUGUUCCCGAGGCCGGCACGGUUCAGACAAGUAUUCAAUCUGGUUGCACCGGGCUGCUUAUUCUCGAUGGAGACUGAACAGCAUCAGAUCUGCCGGAAAUUAUUGCGAGACAGCUUCAGCCACAACAUGCUGCGAAAUUUGUGCUCCUUAAUGACACACUCCAUUUCGGAGCUGUGUACCCUACUUGAUCAUUAUGCCGCGUGCGGAACCCCAGUUGAAAUAUCCAAGUUACUUGCCGCUACCUCGACAAGCUUCGUGACCAAUGUUGCUUUGGGGGCCGAUGUGGCGCAGGACGAGCGCCUUGAACUUGUAAAGGCAGCAAAGCAUCUUACAAAGGAAAUGAUGAUCGAGUAUGUCCUAUAUCCGCUGCGCCAAGCCCUCUCCAGAUUCGGAUCAAGGGAUAAAAUGUAUGAAUGCCGGGAUCGAAUUCGCGAAGCAUGCCAGGGAAUUUUAAAUCAAAGAAUGCGGGAACCUAAAUCAAAGAAAGAAUCUCGAAAUCCAGACGUGCUCGACGCCUUCAUUGACCUGCAAGGGCAUUCUAGAGAGACGACGGUUUCCCUCAUUGUUGAAAUGGUGACAGCCGGUUCGCAUACCACCUACCAGAUCCUUUCUGCCUGUAUCUACGAGAUUUGUCGCUCACCCCGCAUCAUCAAUAAGAUUGAGAAAGAGCUGACUCGGGAAUUGGGUGAUUUCUCCCUUCGGUCUCCGCUCUCACCGAAAGAUGUCCUGAAGUUGUCUUAUUUAAGCAAGGUAUGGAAGGAAGUAUGCCGAUUACAUCCCAUUGCCACGAGCGAUAUCCGGGUUGCUGCAAAAGAUAUUCUUCUCAAAGGAAGUGGUAUUCUUGUUCCAAAGGGGACUGAGAUACAUGCACAGCUUCGAGGCUGUCACUUAAACAAGUCCGUUUGGAAGGAUGCGCAUGCUUUCAAGCCGGAGAGAUGGGGAAAUUCAUUUGAGGGAACAAAAGGGGAGCGAGUGCCAGCAGGUGCUUUUGUGCCAUAUGGGCUUGGGCAGUUCAGCUGCAUGGGCCGUUUUUUUGCGGACUACGUAGGUCCACUUAUUUUAGCUGAAAUGUAUCGAAGGCAUAGAUUCACCUUGGCACCUCAAACCGAUUGCGAUAGGGCUUUGUGCACUUGUCUAAAGACUCGUGCAAGGCCAGUAAGACUCGAAGAGGGUUUUUCGGUACUAGUUUUUCGUCGCGAAUAA